AGACACUCAUUUGAAAAUGGUGAAAUAAACAAGAGUACGAAGGUACUGAAAAUCAAAAUCACACUCACUUGAAAAUGGAGAAAUAAAUACGGUAAAUCGAACCCAGGUACUGAAUAUUGCAAGGUUAUUUCGUCAACUAUCUUUUCUCACUUUUCUCCCACAAAUCCCCAAAUAUGCACCGACAACCAUAACUGUAUCAUCAUAAAUCCUUAAUCAAAGUGAGAGAAAUUAAAAAUUCAAUCAAAUCCAAUGAAUCCCAUGUCAAUUUGUUCAUCUUCAUCAUCGUCGAGCUCCACAAAAUCGUGGGUUGUUCAUGGAUUGGUAGUUGGAGCAGCGGUUGCGGCAGCCAUUGGUGCUCACACAUACUUCUACUUCCGUCGAUCUCGGAGGUUUAGGUCCCGGGUUAUCGGAAUUAUUCCCGCUCGAUUUGCUUCUUCUCGAUUUGAGGGGAAACCUCUUGUUGAUAUUCUUGGCAAACCUAUGAUCCAGAGGACAUAUGAAAGAGCGAAGCUGGCUUCUAUGUUGGAUCAAGUUGUUGUGGCAACAGAUGAUAAUAAGAUUGCAGAAUGCUGCCGAGGAUUCGGUGCAGAUGUAAUAAUGACCGCCGAAUCUUGUCGUAAUGGUGCUGAGCGUUGCAGUGAAGCACUUCAGAAGCUCAACAAGAAGUAUGACAUUGUUGUCAAUAUUCAGGGGGAUGAGCCUUUGAUUGAACCUGAGAUAAUAGAUGGGAUAGUUAAAGCUCUGCAGUCUGCUCCAGAUGCAGUCUUCAGCACUGCUGUCACACCUUUAAAGCCUGGGGAUGCCUUUGACACAAACCGUGUGAAAUGUGUUGUUGACAAUCUUGGUUAUGCUAUCUACUUCUCCAGAGGACUUAUCCCAUAUAACAAAUCUGGGCAGGUUAAUCCGGAUUUCCCAUAUUUGCUCCAUCUUGGUAUUCAGAGCUAUGAUGCUGAAUUCCUCAAAAUAUAUCCAGAUCUGCCACCUACACCAUUGCAACUAGAAGAAGAUCUGGAACAACUCAAAGUCCUUGAGAACGGCUAUAAACUGAAGGUUAUAAAGGUUGAGCAUGAAGCUCAUGGAGUCGAUGUUCCUGAAGAUGUAGAAAAGAUAGAAAGAUUCAUGCGUGAAAAGAACUUAUCAUAGUUUUACAAGAGUGUCAUCACAGAAUUACAGACUGACUCGGUGUGAUUUUAGUGAGGUUUGGUUUUCUUGCUGUCCUUAUGCUUAGACAAUUGAAGAGAAGAAUAUAUUUGUUGAUGAACUGCUUUGGAUUUUUUUUUUUUCCACUGAAUAUAGGAAGUAAGAUAGGUAAGAACUGUGUGAAGAACCCUUUUUGACAGUUUCUACUCAGUUUAUAAUGGAUUACAUAACUUCUUGUUAGCUUCAAUUCUAUCUCUAUACACGAUGUAAUAAAGCCAUUUGAGAUGGAGGUGUGCUAUUUGUUGUCAUUGAUAUGUUGAAACCCAAUCAGUGAACAUGUUUGUAAUGUGUUUCUAUAAAUCUCUUUAAUGGUUUUACUGCA